AUGGCAGAUAAGACGGCUCCCCACUGUCAGCUGAGGCUGGAGUGGAUUCAUGGAUACAGAGGACACCAGUGCAGGAAUAAUCUGUACUACACUGCUGGGAAGGAGAUUGUGUAUUUCGUGGCUGGAGUUGGAGUGGUUUACAACACCAGAGAACACACCCAGAAGUUUUACUUGGGACACAACGAUGACAUCAUAAGUCUAGCUCUGCAUCCUGAUAAGAUCCAGGUGGCGACGGGUCAGGUGGGAAAGGAUCCGUAUAUCUGUGUGUGGGAUUCAUACGCCUUGACGACAGUAUCCAUCCUGAGAGACGUUCACACGCACGGCGUUGCCUGUUUGGCCUUUGACGGCGAUGGUCAGCGUUUAGCUUCUGUCGGACUCGACUCCAAAAACACGGUGUGCGUUUGGGACUGGAAAAAAGGGCGUGUCUUAGCCACUGCAACGGGGCAUUCUGAUAGGAUCUUUGAUAUUUCCUGGGACCCUUUUCUACAGCAUCGGCUUGUGAGCUGUGGAGUGAAGCACAUUAAAUUCUGGACAUUAUGUGGGAACGCAUUGACACCAAAACGUGGGAUUUUUGGAAAGACGGGGGACCUGCAGACCAUCCUGUGUUUAGCGACAGCGAAAGAUGAAGUGACGUAUUCAGGUGCUCUUAAUGGAGACAUUUACGUUUGGAAAGGACUGAAUCUGACACGAACAAUACAGGCAGCGCACGGAGCGGGGAUCUUCAGCAUGCAUUCAUGUGAAGAAGGCUUCGCCACUGGCGGUCGGGAUGGGUCUGUGAGAUUAUGGGACGUGGAUUUCAAACCCAUCACAAAAAUUGACCUGAGAGAGACUGAGCAGGGCUAUAAAGGGCUGUCUAUCCGCAGCGUGUGUUGGAGAGCUGACCGGAUCCUGGCGGGAACUCAAGACAGUGAGAUCUUUGAGGUGAUGGUGCGGGACAGAGAUAAACCAUUGUUGAUCAUGCAGGGUCACUCUGAGGGGGAACUCUGGGCACUUGACCUGCACCCCAAACAACCCCUGGCAGUCACGGGCAGCGACGACCGAUCUGUACGAUUGUGGAGUUUGUCCGAACACACGCUUAUCGCUCGGUGUAACAUGGAGGAAGCCGUACGCAGUGUUUCUUUCAACAACGACGGCUCUCAGCUCGCUCUUGGCAUGAAAGAUGGAUCUUUCACUGUUUUGCGUGUGAGGGACAUGACAGAGGUGGUCCACAUUAAGGACAGGAAGGAGGUCAUUCAUGAGCUCAAGUUCUCCCCCGAUGGAUCCUACUUGGCCGUGGGCUCCAACGACGGCUUUGUGGAUAUCUACGCAGUGGCUCAACGCUAUAAAAAAGUGGGAGAGUGCAACAAGUCAACCUGCUUCAUAACUCAUCUGGACUGGUCUGUGGACAGCCGCUUCCUGCAAUCUAACGACGGAGCAGGAGAAAGAUACUUCUACAGAAUGCCAACUGGUAAAUUCCUGCCUAAGGAAGAAGCCAAAGGGAUCCAUUGGAUGACGUGGACUUGCGUUCUCGGCCCAGAGGUGAAUGGAAUCUGGCCCAAAUAUUCCAACGUCAAUGACAUCAAUUCUGUGGACGCCAACUACAGCAGCGCUGUCUUAGUGACGGGCGACGACUUAGGCCUGGUCAAGCUCUUCAGAUUCCCUUGUCUUAAAAAAGCUGCCAAAUUUAAGAAAUACAUCGGCCAUUCCGCCCAUGUGACAAAUGUGCGCUGGUCAAAUGACCUCCAGUGGGUUCUGAGCACGGGCGGAGCGGAUCACUCUGUGUUCCAGUGGAGAUUUCUGCCCGAAGGAGUCAUGAAUGGAGUUCUGGAGCCACUGCUGCAAGAAGGGUAUGCCGACUCUAACAGCGGUGAAUCAGACUCCGACCUGUCCGACGUUCCCGAGCUGGACUCCGACAUUGAACAGGAGGCUCAGAUGAACUAUGAGCGACAGGUUUAUAAGGAAGAUCUUCCUCAGUUGAAAAAGAAACUGGCCGGAUCUCUAAAGAGGCAGAAAGCUCCAGACGAGGGGCUUCACCUGCAGUUCGUCCACGGGUACAGAGGUUGUGACUGCAGGAAUAAUCUGUUUUACACUCAAACUGGAGAGGUUGUGUAUCAUGUAGCGGCUGUAGCUGUGGUUUAUAACAGACAGCAACACACGCAGCGGUUUUACCUCGGUCAUGAUGAUGAUAUCCUGAGCCUUACCGUACACCCGCUCAAAGACUAUGUGGCAAGUGGACAGGUGGGUCGAGAUCCAGCUAUCCACAUCUGGGACAUCCAAACGCUCAAGUGUUUAUCUUUAUUGAAGGGUCAACAUCAGAGAGGGGUGUGUGCCCUAGAGUUCACAGCGGAUGGCAAGAGUUUGGUGUCUGUGGGCAUCGAUGAAGAUCACUGUAUAGUCAUCUGGGAUUGGAAGAAAGGUGAAAAACUGGCCAAAUCCAGAGGACACAAAGAUAAGAUCUUUGUGGUGAAAGGAAAUCCGUUCCGCAUGGAUAAACUUGUCACGGUGGGCAUGAAACACAUCAAGUUCUGGCUGCACACAGGUGGAGGAUUAACAUUCAAGAGGGGCAUUUUUGGAAAUGUUGGUAAGCAUGAAACCAUGAUGUCCGCCUGCUACGGGCGCUCCGAGGAUCUGGUGUUUUCUGGGGCUACGACUGGCGACGUAUACAUCUGGAAAGAUACUACUCUUAUAAAGAGCAUCAAAGCUCAUGAUGGCCCCGUGUUUGCUAUGUGCUCUUUGGAUAAGGGUUUUGUGACAGGUGGUAAAGAUGGAGUCGUGGAACUCUGGGAUGACAUGUUUGAGAGAUGUUUGAAGACGUACGCCAUAAAGAGGGCGGCACUCUCACCUUCAUCAAAGGGACUGUUGCUUGAAGAUAACCCCUCCAUCAGAGCAAUCACUCUAGGACAUGGACACAUCCUAGUGGGCACCAAGAACGGAGAGAUCCUGGAGAUUGAUAAGAGUGGCCCCAUGACUUUGCUUGUACAGGGUCAUAUGGAGGGCGAGGUUUGGGGUCUGGCUGCUCAUCCACUGCUGCCCCUCUGUGCCACUGUGAGCGAUGACAAAACGCUGCGGAUCUGGGAGCUUUCAGCUAAUCAUCGAAUGGUGGCUGUCCGUAAACUUAAGAAAGGCGGUAGAUGCUGCACCUUCACUCCAGAUGGAAAAGCUUUAGCGGUGGGUUUAAAUGACGGCAGCUUUCUGGUGGUGAAUGCCGACACGCUGGAGGACAUGGUGACAUUUCAUCACAGGAAAGAGAUCAUCUCUGACAUCAGGUUCUCUCAAGAUGCUGGAAAAUACCUUGCUGUGGCCUCUCACGACUCGUUUGUGGACAUUUAUAAUGUUCUGACCAGUAAGAGAGUGGGCAUCUGUAAAGGAGCAGCCAGCUGUAUCACACACGUGGACUGGGAUGUCCGCGGGAAACUGCUUCAAGUCAACACUGGUGCCAAAGAGCAGCUCUUUUUUGAAGCCCCACGAGGAAGAAGGCAAACCAUCAGCAGUUCUGAGUUUGAGAAGAUGGAGUGGGCCACAUGGACAUCUGUGCUAGGCGCCACCUGUGAGGGCAUCUGGCCGACGCUUAGUUUCGUCAACGCCUCUUCACUUACCAAAGACAAGAAGCUACUGGCUACCGGAGACGACUUCGGCUUUGUCAAGCUCUUUAGCUUUCCCUGCAAGGGUCAAUUUGCCAAGUUUAAAAAGUAUGUGGCCCACAGUGCCAAUGUAACAAACGUGCGUUGGUCCAACGAUGAUGCAAUGCUGCUAUCAGUGGGAGGAGCCGACACAGCCUUCAUGAUCUGGGCAAGAGAAGGGAUCGGUCCACAUGAGAGCAAAGCCGUAGACAGUGAGGAAUCAGAUGAAGAUGCAGAGGAAGAUGGAGGUUAUGACAGUGACAUCGCUCGAGAAAAAAACGUGGACUACACGACGAAGAUCUACGCUGUCAGUAUAAGACAAAUGACAGGUGUAAAGCCACACCAGCAACAGAAAGAGAUUCCAGUGGAUGAGAGACCUCCAGUGAGUCGAGCAGCACCAUUACCUGAGAAACUGGUGAAGAACAACAUUACAAAGAAGAAGAAACUCGUAGAGGAGCUGUCUUUAGAUCAUGUUUUUGGCUACAGGGGCUUUGACUGUCGAAACAACCUUCACUACCUCAAUGAUGGAGCUGACAUCAUCUUCCACACCGCUGCUGCUGCUGUUAUUCAAAACCUCUCUGCUGGUACUCAAAGCUUUUACCUGGAGCACACGGAUGACAUCCUUUGUUUAACUGUCAAUCAACACCCCAAAUAUCAAUACAUCAUCGCCACUGGGCAGAUUGGUAAGUGUGUUCAUGUGAACGGUCUUGCACCGUCCAUUCACGUGUGGGACGCCAUGAGUAAACAGACGCUGUCUGUGCUGCGCUGUUCUCACGCUAAAGGGGUCGGAUACGUGAAUUUCAGCGCCACAGGAAAACUGCUGCUGUCUGUGGGAGUCGAUCCGGAACAUACCAUCACUGUAUGGAGAUGGCAAGAAGGGUCCAAAGUUUGCAGUAAGGGCGGCCACAUGGAUCGGAUCUUCGUGGUGGAGUUCAGGCCCGACUCAGACACGCAGUUUGUUUCAGUGGGAAUCAAACACAUCAAGUUCUGGACGCUGGUGGGCGGGUCUCUGCUGUAUAAGAAAGGAGUGAUCGGAGCGGUGGAAGACGGCCGCAUGCAGACCAUGCUCUCUGUAGCGUUUGGAGCUAAUAACUUGACAUUUACUGGUGCGAUAAACGGUGACGUGUACGUGUGGCGGGAGCAUUUCCUGGUGCGUGUAGUAGCUAAAGCACACACUGGACCUGUGUUCACCAUGUACACGACACUCAGAGAUGGACUCAUAGUGACCGGAGGCAAAGAGAGACCGACUAAAGAGGGUGGGGCUGUGAAACUGUGGGAUCAGGAGAUGAAGAGAUGCAGAGCAUUUCAACUAGAGACUGGACUUCCUGUAGAAACUGUUAGAUCUGUGUGCAGAGGAAAGGGAAAGAUCUUGGUGGGAACGAAGGAUGGCGAGAUCAUCGAGGUGGGAGAGAAGAACGCCGCCUCCAACACCAUGAUCAACGGACACACACAGGGCCGUAUCUGGGGUCUGGCCACCCACCCCUCUAAAGAUGUCUUUAUUUCAGCCAGCGAUGACGGAACCAUCCGCAUCUGGGACCUCGCUGAUAAGAAACUUCUGAACAAAGUGAGUCUUGGUCACCCAGCAAAGUGCACGGCGUACAGUCAGAACGGUGAAAUGGUGUCGAUCGGGAUGGAGAAUGGAGAGUUUAUAGUGCUUCUGGUGAAUUCACUGACCGUAUGGGGCAAAAAGAGGGACCGCAGCGUGGCCAUACAAGACAUACGGUUUAGUUCUGAUAACAGACUGUUGGCCGUUGGGUCAGUGGAGUGUGCUGUGGAUUUUUAUGAUCUUACACUCGGCCCGUCUCUAAACCGAAUCGGUUAUUGUAAAGAUAUUCCUGGCUUUGUCAUCCAGCUGGACUUUUCUGCUGACAGCAAAUACAUUGAGGUCUCUACAGGAUCAUAUAAGCGUCAGAUACAUGAGGUUCCCAGCGGAAAGAUCGUCACAGAGCAAACCCUGAUUGACAGGAUCACCUGGGCUACUUGGACCAGUGCUCUUGGUGAUGAGGUUCUGGGCAUCUGGCCGCGUAACGCUGAGAAGGCUGACGUGAACUGUGCAUGUGUUUCUCAUGCUGGACUGAACGUCGUCACUGGAGAUGAUUUUGGUCUCGUCAAACUCUUCGACUUUCCCUGCUCUGAGAAAUUUGCCAAACAUAAACGAUACUUUGGUCACUCUGCCCAUGUGACCAACAUUCGUUUUUCUUAUGAUGACAAAUUUGUGAUUAGUGUAGGAGGCAACGACUGUAGUGUGUUUGUGUGGAGAUGUCUCUAACGAAAAUCAGCUCCACUCAUUUGGGAAUCUCCUCCAAACAUCAGAGAUUUCCUCUCGAUACCUCCAGCAUUUGGAUGCUGCACUUCUGUUAUGCUGCGUUUAACUCCUCUACGCCUGAUGGACUUUGGAUGUUGUGGGAAAAAAGGUUUUUACCAUUCUGUGAAGUGCAAUGUUUACACUCUCAUGUACUUACAAAAAAUAAACACUCAUAAUCAUGCCAAUAUGUCAGAUAUAAAUGUAUUUUUCAUUUUGAUUCUUAAGUGCCUUGGAGACAAAGUUUGCAGAUUUUAAUUUGUUUUGCCCCUGAUAUGUUCAUAUGAAGCAUAUAUGGUGCUAUAUGGAAUAUGUUCGCUUAGAGCUUUGUAUAGUUAUUUUUUAAACAUCAUGCAUUAUGCAAUUUCCUUUUCUUUUUUUACAUUUUGUACAUAACUGUCAAAAAUAUCCACUCAUGAGUUGUUCUUCCUGUUAUAAAAUAUCCAAAUACAGCAGACUCAGGAGCCUUUUACGGCGAAAUAAAGUACUGUAACGUGUAGAUGUUAUAGUUGACCUGUGCUAUUUUUGUUAAAAUAUUUAUUUUUUAAGUAUGUACGUAUUUACAUCCCCAAUUCCAAAAAUGUUGGGACAGUAUGAAAAUGAAAAGCAAAAAUGAGUGAUUUGUUCAUUAUAUUCACCCUUUGCUACAUUGAAAGCACUACAACUACACAUCAUAUGAAGUUUAACCAUGUGAAUUUAAUGUUAUUUUUUUAAUCAAAUCAAAUGAUUGCAACACGCUCCAAAAAAUUUGGAGAUGGAGGCAGUCAAGUGUUUACCACUGUGAAACAUCACCAUUUCUGCUUACACAGCCAUGCACUUGAAAUCUAGGCAGUAUGUCUUUUGAAGUUGUCCCGCUGGAAAAUGUCGGGAUGUCCCUGGAAAAGACGGUUCUGGGUGGCAGUAUUUCUUGCUCCAAAUAUUGUACAUAUCUGUCUGCAUUCAUGAUGUUCUCACAGAUAUGCGAGUUACCCACUGACACACCCCUGGCCCAUACAGACACUGGCUUUUGGACCUGACACUGAUUUCAGCUUGGAUGGUCCAUUUCCUCUUUGGCCUGGAAAACACGACAGCUGUGUUUUUCAAAAACGUGUAAAUGUGGACUCUUCGGACCAAAAAACACAGUUCCACUUUUCUGCUUUCCAUCUAAGAUGAGAACGAGCCCAGAUAAGUUGGCAGUGCUUAUGGACAGUGAUGAUGUACAGCUUCUCCUUUACAUAGUAAAGUCUUAACUUGCAUCUGUGGAUGCAGCGGCGAAUGGUGCUGACUAACAAAGGCUUACUAAAGUAAUCCUAAUCCAUGUUCAUGAUAUCUAUUACAGAUGAAUGAUGUUUUUAAAGACAGUGACGUCUGAGGGAUCAGAGAUCACGCACAUUCAGAAGUGGUUUUCAUCUUGACCUUUACGCACAGAGAUUUGACCAGAUUCCUCUAAUCUUUUAACUAUAUUGUGCGAUGUAGAGGGUUAAAUCCCCAAAUCCUUCCAAUUUGUCUUUGGGGAACAUUGUUCUCAAAGUGUUGAAUUAUUUGCUAAAGCAUCUGUUGGCAAAUUGACAAGUCUGGAAUGAUCCUUGCUCUUGAAGGACUCGGCUGUUUUUGGAGGCUCCUUAUAUACUAUGACAUGAUUGCCUCACCUGUAUAACACCUUCUGUUUCACAUCGCCUUAUUAGUUCAAAUCGUCAAAUUAUUAUUGGUUUUAAACGGUCCCUGCCAACUUUUUUUGGAGCAUGUUGCAAUCAUCUGAUUUUAAUUACUGUACAUUAAAAAAAAUAUAUAAUAAUUUACAAAUCACUCUUUUUUUUUUAUUAUUGGUAUUUUUCAUACUGUCGGUAUUGGGGUUAUACAUAUGAGGUAUGCAAAUUAGUCGGUCAGUCUUCGAACUGUGGGCGUAUACAUGAAAACUGCAAAAAAAAAAAAAAAAAAUACUUGCUGUCCAAAUAUAAAAGUUAUAUCAAAUGUAAGUGGUACUGUUGUCCUUUGUGACGUGUGUAGAUUGCGAUUCACUGUGUGUAGCAAUGGUGUGACAGCAGCUGUGUUUAUUGUGUGCAGAUAUUGGUAUAUCUGUAAUUUGUAUGUUCAUGUUUUUGUAAUUUCUGUCCAAAAGAGGUAAAUCUACAGUAAUUGAAAGCUAUAUAACAACAAUGCAUGAAAUGGUG